CAAUGCGGGAAUUGCUCUGAGCUGUAAUUAUCUACGGAUGGACCUGGUGCCUGUCGGCUGAGACAUAAUUUAGCCUACAAUUCGCGGUGAGACUGACGAGGCGGGACCGCCGACAGGAUGGUGGAGCGCUCGGACCGAGCCCCUCUGCUGGACUGGGAGGAGGUUCCGUCCGCGGAGAAACCCGGCGGAGCGGCACCGGCGGCAGCACACGCCAAGGACCGACUGGCGAGCCCCUCCAACAGUCGUGCCUCAUCAGGAUGCUCCGCUCCGGGGUUUGGGCGGAGCAGCUGUCCGGGGGGUCCCACUCCCAGCAGGUCUGUCUCCAACGCAGACGGCUGCAGCGCCCCACCCGCGACCUCGAGCACCCCGGUGGGCAAGGAUGAAGCGCUGCGUCCCGACGACGAGGAGCAUCUCUCGGAUUUAGGAUCGAUGGAGUUGUCGCUGGAAGACAGGAUGGUGAAAUGGGAGGAAAAGGACCAGAUUGUGUCGGUCUUUGUGGUUACAUUUAAUACCAGAUCAGGAAACAUGCUGGAGUGGUGUCUGCCCAAAGACAUGGACCUGGAGGGAGUGGAGUUCAAAGCCAUCGCCAGCGGCUCCCACAGAGUCACCACAGACUUCAUCUACUUCCGGAAAGGCUGCUACUUUGGCCUCGCCUGCUUUGCCAACAUGCCGGUGGAGAGCACGGUGGAGAGGGGUGCGAGGAUGAAGUCGGUAGGGAUCCUGUCUCCUUCCUACACCCUGCUCUACCGCUACAUGAGCUUCCUGGAGCACCAAGUCAGGCUCCAGCUUCAGUCCCCAGGCCACUACUCUCCCCUGGAGGCCUUCUAUGAGGACAAGAGAGCACUUCUACCCCCAAGUGGUGAUGGUGUUGUUACUGCAUGUCCAGCCAACGCCUGGGGAGCUGCAAUCAACCACAGCAUGCACCCUGAGAUGAAGAUCACCCACCCUGCAGGCUGUAUGUCCCAGUUUAUCCGCUUCUUUGGGGAGCAGAUCAUGGUGCUGUGGAAACUGGCUCUCCUCCGCAGACGCAUCCUCAUCUUCUCCCCUCCACCGGUGGGCGUGGUCUGCUACAGAGUGUACUGCUGCUGUUGCCUGGCAAACAUCUCCAUCCCCGGGAUUGGCGUGGCUGUGCCCGAGUUCCGCCCCUUCUUCUAUGUUAAUGUGGCCGAUAUCAGCGCCCUGGAGAACGAGCUCUCCUACGUAGCAUGUACUACUGAGAAGAUCUUUGAGGAGAAGAAGGAUCUGUAUGAUGUGUAUUUAGACAAUCAGAAUGUAAAGACCUGCAGAGACGGCCUGAAGCCUCUGCUUCGCCUCAGCACCGCAGACAGGGAGAAAUAUCGCAAACUCACUGAGCAGAGGCAAAUGUUGCUGUACUCCCAGGAGGAGAAUGGAGACUGUGUGUCCAGUGAAGAGGAUCUCUUUAUUCUGUUUUUCCUGGAGCAGAACAACAGGAUUUUCCAGACCCUCAGUGAGGUGGCAGGGAGCCCCGAUCCCACACUGACCCAGGAGAGUGUGAGGGCCAUGGGUCUGGAUCCCCAUGGAGACAGGCUCUUCCUGCUCCACCUGCUGGAGAUCUAUGGCUAUGAAACCCUGCUGGUGUCGGAGCAGCUGUGCUGCAGUUGAGAGACAACAGACCACCGCCUUUCCGCCUUUCAUCACUGCUGGUUUUUAAAUGGGGUUGAUUUGCAUUGAGCCAACUUGAGUGCUGCACUACUGGCUUCUUGGAGUCUUCAGGACUGUUUGAGCCUUCAGAAAUUUCUCUGGUAUAACUUUUGUUGUUGUUUAUCUCCCUGUGCUUCUUUUGUUCACUGUGGUUUCUGCUCCCUCACAACCUGAUGGCAAGAGCAACAAUAACAACUCUCAUGUAUUAUAACCAACAGUAAUGUGGUCAAUUCUACGUGAUACAGCCUCACAGAGAAACUCACCCUUAAGAUGGAUUACUCACCCUUGGCUGACUGAAAAUGAUUCUCUGGAUAGUAUACAGCUGCAGUAUUUCAACACUAAGCCAUGUUUGAAUGCCAUGGAUGGCAGGUCCAAACCCAAGAUGAUAAGAUCAAGUAAAUACAAAAGUGGCUUGAACUGUAUUCGCACAUCAAGUUGAAUGACAGACUUCUUCCAAGAUGAACCCAGUGAUUUGGAGAUUUUAAGUGAACAAAACAUGUAGAGGAUUAAUGUAUGAAAGUGAAAAAGAGAGGUAGCCUUUGUGUAAAUAAUUCUGUUUUUUUCCUUUAUGUGCAGUGUGUCAGCGUAUGUGUGAUACAGCGUCCGCCUCUCUGCCAGUGUUGUUGUCUUUGUAUCAAGUGCUGGAUUUAAAACAUCUUAUUUUGAAGCCUCUAUGUCCAAAUCAGGGCCUCCUUUCUUGAAAUUUAACUUAUGUCACGACAAGCAGGUCAAACCACCUUUGUCUUCAAAAGCCAUGUCUGUAAGCACUGCUGUUUAAGUGGCACAUAAUGCGACAAAUGACCAGUUUGCCAUUUAUUUUAACUAAUUAUUUUUGGCCUGAGCUAAGACCAAAUCAGAUUUUCUAAUGAUGUCCAACAGGCAAGGGCGAUGUCCACGUGGACAGAGGCAAUUUGAAAUGGCUUAUUUGCACCCGGGCUGUCAGCUGGGUCUGCAGUUCAGAGGAAUAAGCUGUAACACAAAGAGCACUGUUUAGUCUAAUGCUUUUCUCAGCUGUCCAAUUAUGUUUGCAACUCUAGUAUCAAGACAAAGACAGGCCCUCAUGGGGUGAGUUCACAACUUGAGAUGAUUCUCUCAAUCUAGACACCGAGUUGAUUUUUUUCACAGUUGCCAUCUGCAGAAUAGAUCAUAGAGAACCACUUUAGGCACAAUUCUACAACUUUUAACAGCAAAACAGAGACGUUGCACUUGUUGGCAUCUUAUGUUGUGUAUUGCUGUUGACACAUGAUGUAGUGCAUAAAUGAUGACAGACCACGAGGUUCUUUAUUAUUAGGAAAUUAAGUGUGAACCUUAAAGCCGCAUUAAUUACAUUUCGGCCACUAGAUGGCAGAAGAACUGAAAAAUGACAAAUACACAUGGCUAACAUGUUAGCAAACGAUGACCUAAUUACACAUCCAGCAAACACGAAGAAACAUUAGCAUUCACGUGGAGUCGUCUUUUUUUGUCUGUUUCUUUUAGCUCUGCUUUUCUCUUCACCAACUACAGCAGUGUUUCCCACACAGACUUUACUUAAGCAUAUUAACGGCCGCCAAGCUGUAUUUGGCGACCCAUUUUGUCAUUUAAAAAAGCAUCUGUCCGAGAGGACGACGCUAUCUGCAAUCAAUUAACUAGUGGACCAGCUCUACCCCUCCUGUGAGUCUCCUGUUUAAUGUAGACCUACUUUUGCCGUUGUUUUGUAAAAGCUUGUAAGUGCAGCUGUUACCAUGUUGGUUUCGAUUGUUUCGAUAGGCUACGUCAUUAACAACAGGGGAGUGCAAGGUGAGCAGAUUAAGUAGUAAACACAAAAAUAAGGUAGAGAAUUGAGUAGAAUUACAAUGGUGAAAUAAGAAAUAACCUACUAGAAAUAGGGUUACAGGUUAAUAGGGACAGUUACACUGUCAUUCUGUGGGAAACACUGUACUGAGAAAAAUAGCUGGGUUGUUUACCUGCUAGCUGUUCGACUUUCUUCACCAGCUAGCUGCUAACUUUCAGCACUAACACGCUCGUGUUUAGUGCUGGAUAGGUACGCAGUCGGUUUAUCGGAACUUUCUGCUGAAAACAAGAGUUCUGUUGACGCUGGAAACAUGGUUGAUGAGAGUAGAUUGAACCAUACAGUAAAUGCUCUAUAAAACCAUAACUAGCUAAGAAAACGCUCCAUAGAGCUACAAAGAUGAAAGAUAAUUCUCUGCGCGUUUGUCAGCCUGCAUACCUCCAUAGAUCAGGUAUAGUUUAGCAAUUCAUGUGGAACAGCAAGGUCAAUAGUUCGAGGAAUUUCCCUUAAGGUAACCAUCAUUACAGAAUUGCUACAUGAAAAUACAUGCGCUGAAAAAGAAAAAUUCUAUGGAAAUAACAUCACUUAAAAUCAUAUUGUUAAAUAAGCUGUUUCUUCUUGCUGCACACUAAGCUAACCUGGUGCUUUGGUUACUCCAUGGGCUUUGUGCCCAACACAUACAAGAUAUGAUGUACUCCUACAACAAGCUAAAGGUUAUUAUUCAUUGUCUGUUUUACAGUGAUCAUUUUGAUCCAUUUAAUUCUUUCUAAAUGUAUUGUUUAUUUAGUUUGUUUAGCUGUAAAUUGUUUUGAGUGUAAAUAUUCAAUUACUGUAACAUUAUCUGUGAAGAAAUGGGAUCAGUUGAAUGUGUUUUAUAAGACAAUUAUGAUCCCACAGAGCCUCUGUAUCACUGAAACCCUCAUGCAAUUAUGUGCAUAUUUUCACGCCACAUUGCAUGGCACCUUAGACAAGCUGUACAGAGCUGAACAGCCAACUUUGUAGUUGAAGGGAUAGCCUGAGUCAUGUUAAAACACCUUCACUUUAUUUAUUUUACUCUAAACCAUUUCAGAAAUAAAGUGCAUCGCCACUUGAAAGGAAAA